GAAAAAUCACCCUUAACUCUGUUCCAUUCAGCAAUCUCCGAAGUCAAAAUGAAGACAGUGCUAGUAUUAUUCGCCUUGCUGGUAGCUGGAUCAGCUGGUCCUGCUGACAAUGUCCGCAAAUUACUGAUAGGAUUUCGUGAUCAAAUGCCAUGCGGCUUCCCCGAGUAUGGGCUACCAGCCUUAGCACCUUACCUUCGUGACUUUCUCGAAGUGAAUAAGACCAAGAUAUACGCGAAAUUCGAAGAUUUUCGUUUAGACGGCUUGAACAGCUUUGAAAUAGAUGACUUAACAGUGAGCGUAGCGGUCUUCAAAAUGGGAUUCGGAUUUACCUUCGAACAACUUCGCUUGAGAACUAAAUACGAUUUCGAUCUUGACCUUGAAGCAAUCAACCCUGAAAAGCUCAAGGGAAUGCCUUCAAUUUUCGGAGAUGGCACUAUCGAUUUUGCCCUGUAUAACCUUUCAUUUGCUGGAAACCUGGCUCUACAAUUCCAGGAUGGUGGUUCAUCGUUGAAGGAAUUCAAACUUGCUUUUGACUUGGAUGAAGUGCGUUCGAAUAUUACUGGCAUUUUCGACAACGAAGUCAUAAGUCAAUUCGUUAAUGAUUCCCUAGAGAACGGAAUUAUAGCUCUCACCAAGGAAGUAAAAGAAUUCGUGAAUGAAGUUCUAGAAGCGCUCAUCACUCCAUGGGGUAACAAGCUUCUGAAAAAUGUCAGUGUGAAUACCAUUCUCGGAUUGGUUACUGGAAGCAUUCCUCCUCCAACAAGACCACCAUGUCUACCUUCAUCGGAAGAUUUGUCUUUUGAUUGAGUAGAAUAGUUUAAUUUAAAUAAAAUCUCUAACAAAUGCAUAGUAUUCAAUUAAAUAUGUUGAAAUAUUGGACAACAAAAGAGUUCAAAGUUUAAUUUAGUGCUCCAUUAUAAUGGGGGGUUUCUACCUGAACAAAAAUUGCUGUUAACAUAAUUUGAAAAGGAAAUAAAUUACCAAAACGAAUAA